AUGUACCAUUUAUAUAAAAAAGUAUUUGGUAAUAUUGUAUUAUCAAAAAAAAUAUUUUCAUAUUGUAGAUUAUAUAAAAAGAAUAUUUUCAUAACUUUUGAACAAAUACAAUCAUUAAUUGAAUACCAAGAAAGAGAGUAUAUUGAAAGUUUAUGUAUUGAAGAUAAACCUGAUCAUUUAUUGAAAGUUGGAGAUUUACCAAUAGGCGGUGUAUUAAAAAAUCUUACCAUUAACAGUUUAUCAAACUUGGAAUCUGGUGAAUGCGUACCACAUGGCGUUGAAGCCAUUACAUUAGUUCAUUCCUAUUUUGAAUAUCCUAAUAAUAAUUAUGAUGAUUCAUUUCAUUUAGAAAGUUUACCAUCAACAGUUCAUACCCUUAAACAUAUUUCAUUAUCAAAACCAAAAAAUGAAUCAAAUUGUGUAUUUGUUGUUCCACCAAAUUUUAAAUCAAUUUCAUUCAAUGAUUUUAUUCAAUGGUCAAUUUCAAAAGAAACUAAAAAUAAUUUUAUUCAAAUUCCAGAUAUUAGAUCAAAAUCAUUUCUUAAAAGUUGA